AUGGUUAUGGAGAAUAGUAUAAAAUUUAUACCAACAUUAACACCAACAUUUGAACAAUGGAAAUCAUUACCUAUCUAUUUAACUCAUCAUGAAACUAGUCUUCAACGACGUUUUGGUGCUGUUAAACUUCUUCCUCCUAGUAGAUGGGUACCAUUAAUAAAAAAUCCAUAUGAAAUACGUCAUAUAAAAAUGUAUGUAAAACAAGAAAUAAUUCGUUCAUCUCAUCAAUCCGAUGUUUUUUACAUACAGAGUUCAGAAACACUUAAACGACGUUUUAUGACUUACGACGAAUUUAAAACAAUUGCUGAAAGUGAUACAUAUCGUUUGGAAGAUACUGUAAAUGGUAAUAUUAUGGAUUAUUUCUGGUCUAUAAUUUCGAAUAAUGUAUCUUUGUGUGUACCAAAUAUUGAUGAUAGUUUAUUUGCAAAAAGAGAAAAUAUUUUUAAUAUGACUAAUUUACCGUCAUUACUCAAAUAUUAUCCAAAAAGAAUGCCAGGUGUAACAACAUCUUCACUUCAUAUGGGUAUGUGGUCGAGUGCUGUUGGUAUUCAUAUAGAUGAAUAUGAUCUUAUAUCUUUCAAUUAUCUUCAUCAUGGUGCUCCAAAAAUUUGGUAUAUAAUACAUCCAUCAUGUUAUUCGAAAUUUGAAGAAUUAGUUAAUAAAUUAAAAGUAUUUUCUGAUAUUUCAUCAUCUUGUUUAUCACCACUUCAACAUAAAUCACUUCUUAUUAAACCAUCAUUUCUUCAAAUGCAUUCAAUAGAAUAUUAUCAAGUUGAACAAAAACCGAAUGAAUUAAUGAUUAUUUUUCCUGGUAUAUAUCAUUUUUAUUUUGAUACAGGAUUUAAUUUAAGUGAAACAGUUAAAUAUGCUUUACCAUCAUGGUUAGAAUUUCAACGACGUAGUCCGCGACUUUGUUCAUGUACAAUAUCAUCAUCAAUUUUUGAUAAUCUUAAUCGACGAUUUUUUACAAAUGAUAUUCUUGAUCAAUUUCAAAAAGAAUAUUUAACAUCACAAUCAUCAACAUGUAUUGAUUUAUCAAAAGAUGAUGAUAACAAUACAAAUAAUCCUUCCACUAUUGGAAUAACAAUUACACCAACGUCUUCUAUUGAAAAUCAUAAUAAUAUUGUUCAAACAAAUGUAGAAACUGAAGUUGUACGAACUGCUAGUCAUACUAAUAUGUCAGUUGACCAAUACACAGAUCCACUUUAUUCAUCUUCAUCAUCAACAAAAAGUAAUACACCAAUAUCACCUAAUUUAAUUUCAACAAUAAAUAAUCAUAAUGAUUAUGAAAAUAUUUCGAAUAUAUUCGAAGAAAUUUUAUCACAAACAAAUUCAGAUUCAAUACGAUAUGAUCAUUAUUCAAGAUAUUAUCAUCCAUAUGAUCCAUAUUCAUCUUUUUUUCAAGGUUAUGGAUCAUCUAUGCAUCCACCUUUUUAUAAACCAUAUUCAUAUUCGUCUCUUCGUAUGUCUACCAGCAAACGACAUCGUAAACGACGUAAAUGUUAUGGAUGUCGACAACAAGGACACAUAAGAAAAGAAUGUCCUUAUUUUUCUCAUGAAUAA